AUGGCUAAAAAGCAGACUUGCUUGGAUGGAUUUUUUCGUCCAAAAAUACCCCCUGCUCCUUCAGAAACCUCUUUGGAAGUGGAGAACUUGCAGAAAGAAACUGAUAAAAAAUCUAAUUCUCAUUCGGAAGAUACAGGGGAUGCAUAUUUUUUGGUGGAAAACCCCAAUCUGCAAGCCGGUCCAUCUCAGCCAAAAGAAGGAUUUAAGUACACCACCAUGGGAGAUCGAAGAAGAAGCUUCCAGGUAAAUUGGUAUGAUUCUUUUCGAUGGCUUGAGUAUAGUAUUAGAGCAGAUUCUGCAUUCUGUUACUAUUGCCGUCUUUUUGCUUCGGAAAGAAAAGGGUGUGCAGAGGAAACUUUUUUGAGGACUGGAUUCAAAAAUUGGAAAAAAGCUACAGAAAAGUUCAAAAAACACGGAAAGUCUUCAUCACAUAGGAAAGCUACUAUAUUUUUUCUGGAGAAAAAACCUGCUGGAGCAAGUGUGGCUUGUCAGAUAGACAUUUUUCAUAAAGAAUGUGUGAAAAAGAAUAGAGAGUAUCUUAACUUCAUUUUUGAAACCAUUUUGUUUUUGGAAAAACAGGGAAUACCUUUAAGGGGACAUAACGAAAGCGCAGAUUCCAAAAAUAGAGGAAAUUUUCUGGAACUUUUGAAUUUAAGAUGUUCUGAUAAAAAUCUCAAUUUCAAGGAGUUUAUGCAAUCAAAAAUUUGCAACUAUACAUCAAAUCAAUCCCAAACGGAAAUAAUUUCCAUGAUUUCUGAAUAUAUUAUUAAGGAUAUAGCUUACGAUGGUGGAUCGAAUAUGAGCGGUAAAUUCAAUGGCUUGUCUGCUAAAUUCAAAGAAGUGGAACCAAGAGCACUGUAUGUUCACUGUCAUGCUCACCUACUGGAACUAGCGGUUUCUAAAUGCUGCGAAAAUGUCAAACCACUAAGGGAUACAUUAGGAACCGUGAAUACAUUGUACAAUAUCAUCGAGGCGUCAGCAAAACGACAUGAUAUUUUUCAGAAAAUGAUCCUGGAAGUUGUCUCAAGUGACACAAACAACACAAAACUAGCAGCCGAUGCCUCAGGAGCAUUAAAAAUUAUUUUGAAUGAGGAAUUUUUGUUUAGUCUCUUGGUGCUAGAAAUUAUCCUGGGAUUGGCCGUUAUAUUAUCUAAAGAGUUACAGUCUCCACAACUCAUUAUCUCAUCAUUACUUCUAAAAGCAAAGGCGACUAUAAAGUCCAUUAAACAUUAUCGGGCCCAGGACCGAUUUGAUGAAAUUCAUAAAAAAAUGAAAAGAUUGUCUCUAGAAAUUCAAGCUCUAGGCUUUGACGUAAAAGAAAUUUCACUACCAAGACAACGGAAGCUUCCUAAGAAACUGGAUGAGCGACCAGAAAAUGCUUUUAAUUUUUAUACAGCUGAAGAUUUCAUGCGUACCAAUAUUUUAUUUGCUGCUAUCGACAAUAUGGUAGAAAAUAUGAGAAUGAGAUUCUCAGAAAAUGACUAUAAAUUCAUUGCAUAUAUUGAGAAUUGUCUUAUGCUGAAUAAAAACAAUUUCAAGAAAGAAGAAGCAAACAAAAUUAAUGAAUUUUACAAAUUAACUGAAGACAUGAAUCAGCUCUAUCGGGAAUUAGAGAUUUAUAGGCAGUGUUUCUCCCCAAACGUUGAAAAUAGCAUAGAAGACUGUACUCAAAAAUUCUUAGAUAGCGAUCUCAAAGUAAUGUUACCAUUAGUAUGGAAACUUUUCCAAAUCAUAUUAACAUGCCCAGUAAGCACUGCUUCAGCUGAAAGAUAUUUCUCAACAUUGAAAAUUCUUAAAGACUAUUUGAGGAAUACUAUGGGUGAAGAAAGACUAACUGGUUUAGCUUUAAUGUACAUUGAAAAAGAUAAUACCUUAAAAAUGAUGUCAAAAGAAGGACUGGAUAUUCUCACUGAACUGUUUGCUAGCCAGAAAGAUAGGAGAAUGAUGUUCUAUUAA